UUCCUCUCAUUGAAAGGAGCUGUGUUAACAUUCUCCUGCAUGGACAGAACUGGCAGUUUAAUGCAGCCUCCAUACGAAGUAUGGAGGGAUCCAAACAAUACAGAUGAAAAUGAAAAAACCUGGAAAAGGAAAUUGGUCAUGAACUACUCAUCUUCAUCCCAAGAAAUGGGAGACCAUCAGUAUACGAUAAUCUGCUCAGAAAAACAAGCCAAAGUCUUCUCACUGCCUUCCCAGACCUGCCUUUAUGUUCACAACAUCACAGAGACGUCAUUCAUAUUGCAAGCAAAUGUGGUGGUCAUGUGCAACAGUGCCUGCCUGGCCUGCUUUUGUGCGAAUGGGCAUAUCAUGAUAAUGAGCUUGCCUAGUCUUCGCCCAAUGUUGGAUGUUAAUUAUUUGCCUCUGACAGACAUGAGAAUAGCACGGACAUUUUGUUUUACUAAUGAAGGACAGGCAUUAUACCUCGUCUCUCCUACUGAGAUUCAACGGAUAACAUAUAGCCAAGAAAUGUGUGAUAAUAUUCAGGACAUGUUAGGCGAUUUGUUUACUCCCAUAGAGACACCAGAAGCCCAAAAUAGAGGCUUUCUCAAGGGACUAUUUGGUGGAAGUGGACAGACAUUUGACAGAGAAGAACUCUUUGGGGAAGCCUCGGCAGGAAAAGCAUCCCGCAGCCUAGCACAGCACAUUCCUGGACCCGGUAGUAUAGAAGGGAUGAAAGGCGCUGCUGGUGGAGUGAUGGGAGAGCUGACCCGAGCCCGAAUUGCACUUGACGAGAGAGGGCAGCGUCUGGGCGAGCUGGAAGAGAAGACUGCUGGCAUGAUGACCAGUGCAGAAGCUUUCUCUAAGCAUGCACAUGAGCUAAUGCUGAAAUAUAAGGAUAAGAAAUGGUACCAGUUCUAACCUUCGAAAGAAGCUGUGACUGCUUUGAGAAACCAUUAUUCAGGGAAACCAAAUUUAUUCCCAGCAUCACGAUUCAACUGCUAGAAACCAGUUUCUUCCACAAAAUGUUCCAUUAUAGUCCAUCUGAAGUUAUCAUAAAGGAGACUUAUCAAAGGCAACGAUGCUGCAUAACAUAAAGGCUGGAACCCCGGUUAAAAUCCCAGGAUAAUGGCCGAAUUUGUCUUUUUCCCAUGUGGAAUGGAUAUUAUCUUGGCAUGUCAUUUGCUAAGAAUUUGUGUUUGGAAACUAUGGGGAGUCCUUUUGAUUUGAAAUUUCCUGUACAAACAAAAGCAUUAAUGCACUUAAUUAAAAAAUUCUUUGCAUGAUAAAUUAACAUCUUAAGAGGAAAAGAAACAAAAGCAUGUUAUAGCAGAAGAAAAGGAUUUAUGGUUAACUACCGUCAUGAAUCGGGCCACACCCAACAAUUUUAAAAUCUGCAUCAGAAGAUAUCAGUGCAUUUCAAGUGUAUUUGCCCUACUCAGCUGAAAGGAAUCAAAACACACCCAGAGUUUUCUUCUCAUCUGAAACCUCCCUUACUAUACUAGGACGUUACUGAGUUCUUACAUCAAGACUCUGAUUAACAUUUUUCUCUCUCUGUAGUAAUUCACUUCAUUUGCAGCUCUCAUUCAUAAUCAAAGAUUGCCAGGAUAGUGAAAUAUCCCCAACACUUCUCUUUCCAUGUCUGCCACCUUCAAGAUGAAUUCCUAGUUUUAGUCAUAAACCGUGUAGGGUUGAAUCACCUCAAAGCAUUUUUUUUUCCAGCCUGGUUUACAUUUUACAGAGGAGGUGGCGAUAAUUUGCAGAAACUAGACUAUAGGAACAGUGCAGUUAGCUUUGAGAACUGAUUUCACAAGGAGUGGAAUUUCACACACCCCAAUUUUAGUUUCCAAAGCGAUAUAUUUUUAAAGCAUCAUUUGUAUCCUUAUCUGCCAAUUACACAGUAUAUUACUGUUCAAACCCAAUAGGGUCUACAAUCCCAAGGUGCUUUUGCAGCCUGAUAUUCACAGACCAAACUGGUCAUUCUCUUUGAUGUGAUUCAGUAAAACCUCAGCUAAUGUUUUAGGAAAGAGUUUCUGACUCAUCAUGUUUCUGAUGCAUAAGGGCUUUCAUUAGAACACAUUUUGGGGUUCAGCACUUAUUACUGGAAACCCUUAUGAAAUGUAGAGCUGUUUUAGCUAUCUUGGCCACAGACAUCAUUAUGGGUAACACAAAUCCAGAGAUAAUUUAAUGAUAUAAAAUCAAUAGCUUUGUCACUAGAUUGACUAAUAUAAUUCAAAGGCAUGUGUCAGUAAAUAUCAAAUACCUUCUAAAACCUCUCAAGAGUAAAGAUCAUCUGGAACAUGAUAAAAUGAUCUAUCAUGACCCAGCGGGGAAGCACUGCAAAGAAAAACAAGGGAAGACUCCUACUUGCUCUGUUGAGCAUGCUUGGGAGUCAGUCACAGGACUCCCAUAACAGGAUGUUCUUCCUGUUUCUAAAAUCUUAAAUUAUGUGACACGUUCAUUGGGUUUUGAGGUCUUACUGGACUUACAUUUGUGUUUAAGACAUUGACAUUUCCUUGAGUCUAACUUAAUAGACAAAAUUAUUAUGUUCAUUGGUCUUUUAUUUUCAUUUGGAGUGGUGCUUCCUUUUAAUUUUUCUCAUUGAUUUUGAAGAAAAAGCAGAGAUGAUUUAAAAAAACAGAAAAUACAUGCUAGAGUAGCAUUUAUCAGAGUCCUUGAAUUCUGAUUUCUUAAAACUGUCUGUAAAUCUGCCUCCUGUUAUAACAUGAAUAUAAGGGGACUUGGCUUGGCAGUACAGACAAUACACACAUUUAUACAAUAACAUUAAUGAAAUUUAAAGCUAGGAAAUGAAAAACAUUGGCAGCCAAAUUGCAACACACAAUUUAUGUGAUCUGUUUUAAAGACCCAAGUUUCUGAUUUUUAUCAUACUUUAACAUUUCUGGGAUUGUUGUUGUUUCGGGGGGGGUUGCUUGCUUGAUUUAAAGGUUAUUUUUUGUUUGAUUUGGUUUGGUUUUCGCUUUUCUGAGACAGGGUUUCUUUAUGUUACAGCCCUGGCUAUCCUGAAACUCACUUUGCAGACCAGGCUGGCCUUGAACUCACCUGCCCUGGUUCCCAAGUGCUGGGAUUACAGGCAUGCCCCACAACACCCAGUGAUACUUUAGUACUUCUACAUUUUAAAAUGACCAGAAGAAUAAGAUAUUUCUUUUUUAGAAAUAGUGAAUUUCAAUCCAAAGUACCAUUGAAUCCAAUGACUAUCUCUGAAUUUCUCUGUAAUAUUUAACUUGCUUUAGAGAAGUAGUGCAGGGCAGAGUGCUUGCCCACUAUGUUCAAGAUCAUAGGUUUUGUCUUCAAUACCCUAGGUGCAUGUGCACGCACACACACACACACACAUUUCACUUGUUCUAUAGCAAUGGUUUUUAAAAGCAGCACCACUAGCACAAAAUUCUUUGGGAUGUUAACAGUGUCCUUGGCUUCUGCCCUCGAGAUGCCAGUCAGAAUCUGCUAGUAAUGGCAGUUAAAAAAAUUCUUUUUGACAAAAUUGCUUCCAGUUGAGAGCAACUAUUUUACAUCAUUUAAAGAGACGGACUGUGAAAUAUAUGAUAUGUUUUUACAGAAAACAACAUACAAUAAGAGCACAUUGUCUUAGCAAGAGAAGACCUGCCCUAAAUUACAUGUAUGAUUCAUAUGCAAUAGAGGUAAAUUUUUAAAGAACUAGUGAACUGAUAAUAUAUAGACAUUUUCGAAGCACACAGAGAAUAUAUCAAAAAGAACAUCCAUAUUUCACAAUAGAUGUGCUUAAAAUUCUGGCUCCAGCAAAUACAUCAAAAGUUUAUAAAGAGACAUCGCUUGGAGUAGGUGCUUCUGACAUGCUUGAAAAGAACAAGUUUUCAUAAAUGUUUAAAGUUUAAAUGCUCUUACAAAAUUGUUUGACAAAUCCUUUCUUCAUAUAAGGGUAACUUAUCCCACAGACCAAUGAAUAGCAGAAUCCAAAUUAAUGAGGUUUUACUGUAUCAAAAUUAUUUUUAUAAUUCAAAGAGGUAGCAAUAACAAUAAUUUAACCAUGGAUGUGAUUUUUCUCUUUGAGCUUUUGUGUUAACCUUAAUACACAUACACACACAUACACACACAUACACACACACACAGAGUCACCUCACCACCACCACCACCAUCUUUGUCAUCAUUGCCAACUUAGGGAAAUGAGUAAUGUUGAUAUACAUAAUCUUUUGCAUUUUCUCAUCUCUCUUCUGUUUGGACCAUAAGAAAAACCACCCCAGAAACUGUAAUAGCACUGCAGAAGAUGACCCCGAGUCUCAGUUACCAUCAAAUUACGUUAUAUCUAUGAAGUGACAUCUGGAGAUAAGGCUUUCGAAGCAUCAUCAGGACAAGGUGACUUUACCCCCUAUUCCUUCCUCAACAGAGAAGCUGGCAGAAAUGAGCCUUUCAUUCUAUUCAUCAAUAAUAAAAGACGUGUUUGUUUCCCUGCUUCUCACAGUAAUGUAAGCAAUGAUCCCACUGUGAAACCACCCAUUUGUCUUGGGUUAGGGUGGAGGGCAACUGACUCAUCAGGUAUUUCAAUCCUCUGAGGAUGUGCUUCUCUGACUUAGCUUCUACACUUCUCUGAGUCUCAGACUUAGCACUCAGGGUCAUUGUGUGACAUCAGCUUCAAGUGUAUAGUAACAAAACUGAAAAGUUUUCCAGCAAUUCUAUCACAGAAUCAAUUCUCAAAUCCUUUGGAAUUGAUUCUCAAUAAAAUCUAGGUCUUUAUCCCUCAAAAAUAUAAAGAUACCUUAAAAGGUUAAGUUUCCUUUUUUAUAGCCCACUAAUACCAUGUUAAAGGUAUUGUUUGCCCAUUAUCUCUGCCAGACUGAGAAAAUAAAAAGAUUAGGCCCAAUAUCGGUUGAAAAAUUAAGAUAGGUUCUUUGAGAUACUAAGCUGUCAGGCAUUUGGAUAGAAUAAAAGAAAGCUAGUCCAAAAGGAGAACUAAUUUCCCCUGGCUUAGAAUUAGGAUGUUCUUUGUAUCACAGACAUCCUUGGGGGAGAGUACACACACUUCCCUGACCACACUGGCCCACAUAAAGCAACGACAGAGAAAGCCAGCAUGGCAGAUCAAGUCUAGCUCUCAGUGAGUUGGGAGAAACAGCAGCUUCACAGCUUCACCUACAGUUACUCAGCCCCAUGUUCGUGGUAGUACUGUGUAUCCAUACAGCCCAGGUAUCUGAGAUGAUCAUCACCAACAGGCUGAACAUUGUCUCUCAUAUGCAAGAUUCCAGGAAGCAUGUGCUAAAAAGUCUAAUGUUUCUGUCUAUCAGCCUGAACAGUAUAUCUGUCUUCCUGAAAGAAAGGCAUCAGUAAGGUCUCAUCUAGAAACAAGAGAAAGGGUAUAGUGUGGUGGAAACCUGUGGGUAUGGUGAGGGAUAUGAGGGUCUGAGGGAAGUGAGGAGGUUUUGAUACAACCAAAAGUGAAUGUCUUUAUAUGUUUUCCUGGAGAAAUGACAGUCAUCUUUGGCUGCACAUAAACAGUCAUUUGAGAUUUUUAAAUUCCUGAUGAUUUCAAAAUGUCUUAGACUGGAAACAGAACAUCAGUAUUCUUGAAAGCCCUAAACAUGGGUCCAGUGUCCAGCCACCGUUGGUAACCACUGCUUUAUGACCAACUUAGAAAGAUUCUUGCCUUCCUUGGCUGAUUCUUAGCCCCUUCCUAGGGACUGGGGAAGGCAGAAUGUAAAAGACACAGUCUCGUCUUGAUUGUCAUUUAUUCUUUCCUCUCACAGAACAAAAGUGAGCCCACAUUUCUAACCAGGCAGCUCCACUACGUCUUUGUAACUCUGUAAUAUUAGUCUGUGUGACUUGAUCAUUAGUUAUUUAAGUCAAGGUUGUAAAUUUCAACUGUCUUUUACAUAAGACACCAGAAAUAUCACCAUAAAAUCAGCAGUAUAAAAAGCUAAGUGGUAAAAUUAAUUCUCAAUAUCUGGACAGUGGAAAUUCCCAAAACAAUCACUUACUAAAUUAUCUCCAAGCUUAUUAUGAACCCUUCUUCAGGAGCAAACAUGGUGAGAGACUCCUGCUCUGCUAUGGGUGUCCUGCUGGACCUGAUGUUACCAAACAGGGAGAAGAACUCUUCCUUGUUUGAUUGCUGUCCCUAAAGCUCUGAAGGCCUUUUGAAUUUGUUCUCUUACUUAUGGGGUAUGUGCAUAAAUGGAAAAUCAUAAUCUGAGAACCAGUGCCCUGAAAAACUGCUCACACCCCAGCAAGAAAGAGUCCAGCCAAAGGAAGGCAUUAACACAGAAGCACUCUGAGUCCUCUCCCCACGCACUCCCCUCUUGCCUUGGCCCACUCUUCUCAAUGGCAAAGCCAGAGGAUAAAAUAGGUGGUGGCUUUGGAUAGUUGUACACAGGAUCAAAAUCUCUAAUAACCUAUCAUUUUUAGUACUUAAUUAUGUGAUGUUUUAUUCUAGGAAAUAACAGACAGAUGACACCAUUGAUGUAUCUUUCUUUCAUCUUCAGAAUUUUUGCAUCUUUUCAAAAAAUGACAAAUUACUAUUUUUCUGUUGCAUUCAGCAAUUGUGACUAUACCUAAAAUUCUUGUAGUCUGUAGAGAUAUCAAUAAAAUUGUAUAUGUUUGUACAUAGAUGCUCUCUUAUGUCAUGAUGUCAUAUACUAUUGAUUUUUGCCAAGAUUAAAUAUAUAGAGGUAAAAACAUUCAUUUGCAAACUGUUAACUAUAGUUUUACCAAGAAUGGAUGUUUUUUAAAAUGUUGAGGGGAUGGGGGGCAUAUUGAUUUGAGCAAAAAGCAGAAAACAAAAUCUAAGUUCCCAAAAUGUAUAGAUUCAGUUUGAAUUUAUUGAUUGAUUUGGAUUAGAAAUACCUAUUCAGAUUUUCUAUCAAAUUGGGGACAUAUGUAACAGUUUAGAAAAUUUAAAGGCAACCUACAAGGCUAUUGAUUGAAUGCUACCUGUGGUGGAAUAAAAGCAAAGGCAAACUUGUUAACAGUGUGCACAAGACCCUGCUGGGGCUCAAGGACCUAAAACUAGGGGAGGCCUUGACUGCCUUCCUGUUUUUACAGCUCAAGCCAAAAACUGAAUCCACUGUGAGUUGACACGUCCAUCCAGUAGUCAUGAGACCGUCUGACUUGCUCUGCUCUCACCAGCUGCUUGAUUCUCCUUCUGGUAUUUCUUAUAAGGUGGCCUUAGAGAGCUGACCUUAAUCUUCCAAGUUCUAACUAUCUUAGGAAAAUUCUGCCUCCACCACAAUCUUUCUUCUAUAGUUGGAUCUAUAUAAAAUUGAAAGAAAUGACAACUAGCCUUAGGCUAAAAAAUACUUCUGAGGAAAAGAAAAAUAUAUAGGGCCUUGUAAAAUAUAAAUGCUAAUCUCUUUUUCAGAUUUGUAUCAGGAGAAUCAGUUUAUCUUUCUGUUACAACAACUUAAGUCCACAAACCUGCGUUCACCGUUUUCUUCUGCUUCCUCCCCUUUCCUCUCUCUUCCUUCUGUCACUCUGCUCCUGCCUCACUCACUUCCUCACUCCCACCCAAGAGGACUUUCUUCCUCAAGUCUUUCUUGCCAUCUGCUCUACUUAAAGGGCAAGCCCAGCACUGGGGCAGGUUAGCAAUGGCAACCUCACACACAGGAGGGCACCACAAGGGUGAGGUGAGUGGUGCACCCACAGAGCCGAGCUGGGAAAGAGGACAGCUGAGACUUCCUGGUCACUGACCUUAGAAUUUGAAGUCGUCUUCGGAGCAGGGCAGAGGCAACCCCUUUGGUUCUGGAGAGUGGCCACAUUCAAAGAACUGAACAUUUAAAUAAACUGACACCAUGGGGGCUAAGUUCCUCACAGAGAUGUAGAAGGAUAUACAAUUAAAAGAAAAACCUAGAAUGCUUUAAAUUUUGGUUCUUCAACAUACAGCAUGAUAACUGGAGUUGUAACUUUUAUGCUCAAAAUGGAUAAAGAAGAGGAUUUUUAAGUGUUCCAGCACAAAGAGGUGAUAGUUGAGGGGGGUGAUUCUGCUAAGUACGUAUAGAACUAUCAGAUAUUCCCUGUCAAUAUAAUUAUUAUUUCUCAAUUAAAAAUAAUAAAACUUCUUAAAGAAUGAAAGGUGAAAAAAACUCUGGUAAUGUCGAGUACAAUUGGUUAUCAGUGUGAACUUUGUGCAUAUAUAUAUGCAUAUAUAUGUACUAUAUAUAUAUAUAUGUAUUGUAUACAUUUAUAUAAUGUAUCUACACAAAUAGCUAUAUACAUAUAUACACAUAUAAAUAUACACUAUAUAUGUGUGUAUGCAUGCUGAAAGGUGUGUAUAUGUUGUAUAUAAAUAUUUUCUGAACACUGAAUAGACUAGAAAGAUACACAGCAAUCAAUACAACCAGUGCUGGAUUAUGAUUUCCAAAUAUUCUUUCCUAUUAAUGUGCUGGAGCAUCAUGAGAAUAAUGACUGAUUCAAUUCUGGAAUAUACUCUGUAUCAGAAAAUGAAGUUUUGAUGAAAGAUGGCUACUUGUCAGAAGCACUCAGAAACAGCUUGAAAGAGCUGACAUAGGCCAAGAAAGGAUAAUUUAACUAUAAAACAUAGUAAUAAUUGAAUAAAAUAGGAACCCAUGAAUUCACACUGAUAUAAGUAAAUAUGGAGGAGAGAAAGUUAUCCACACAAUAAAAUGUCAGCCAAUGAGUAUAAAUGGAAUUUAAAAGUUGCUGUUGGAUAAACAUUGUUAUAAUAUCUUGGGCGAUAUAUGCCAGUUAAUGCUCAGACUAAUGAGGUGAAGUGGAAUCUCAGUAGAGAAUGAUUUACAUCAUCUCCAAGAAUCUUUAAAACUGUUAAACAUUAAAAAGCAUUUACACUAAAAAAACAUGGCAGAUACUAUAUUUGUUAUUGAGGGACCAAAGUCCUGUUACCAGUGAUGGGGCAAAUCAGCAUCUUGUAGUGCCUUUGAAAAGAACACAGCAUUCCUGCCAAGAUGUACGCUGGGUCUCGUUCUGUGGAAAUGUUAAAUAGAACUAAACUGGAUGAUGUCUAUACAUGGCUUCUCCCUAGGAACUUCGUUUGGUGUAAUGAAAGAUGAGGAACGGCAGAUAUUCCAGAUCUAGGAAGCCCAAAUCCACAACAACUGCAUGUAAGACAUGAUCAUAGAUUGAAACAUUUUGCCAUACAUGUCAUGACAUAAAUGGAGCAAUUAUCAAAACUGGUGUGUGGGUUCCCACUUGAUAAAAUUCUUUGUACCAUUCUUGAAACUUUUAUUUAGAUUUGAGCUUAUUUCAAAAUAAAAUAAUAAAAAUAAAAA